UCAAUGCGGAAGAUUGUCACGUUCAGUUGGUUGCGAAGUAGCUCGCGUUUAAACAGUCCAAAUAGUAGGAGAGCUAUAAGUUCAACCAAUCACACUUGCAACAGUGAUUGCAAUACAAACACACACAUAUUUUUUUCGAGUGAUUACCCAGUGACCCACCGCAGACUAGUUAAAACCAAAGAUGCGGCCUUUCGGCAACGAUAUAACAAACAUCCCGAACGGCGGCAACAAUGGUGGUAAUAAUGGUAGCAACAAUGGCAACAACGAGCCCAACGACGGCAACGACAACCGGAGCACCAACCUCUCCAGCGAGGAUCCCAGCGAGGAGUCCACAGAUCCGAGUAUUCCGCCGCAUAUAGCGAGGAUCGGCGGAAUCGUCACCUGCCCCCCGAUCGCCGGACAAGGAGUCAUCCGGGUGGUCCAGCGGUGCGAGGACGCCAAGGAGAACCACAAGCUGGAUCUCUCGAGCUGUGAACUGAUGCAAAUACCAGAUGCAGUGUAUCAUCUUAUGCGAAACACCGAGUUGGUCACCUGCAAUCUCAGUGGCAAUGUGCUCAAAAGCGUAUCGCCCAAGUUUUCGCAAAAGUUCAGCACCAUCACAGAUCUUAAUCUGUCACACAACAAACUGUCGAGGCUGCCAGAAGAAUUCGCCAGCUUGUCUGCACUGACCAAGCUGAAUAUCUCAAACAACUCGUUCAUCGUUUUGCCACAAGUAGUCUUUAAGCUUCAGAGUCUUGCCAGUCUGGAUGCCCAGAACAAUGCCAUAUUGGAAAUUGAUACCGAUGAGGCAAUUACCAGUGACAAUUUGGCCCUUGUUGAUCUUCGCAAUAAUCCGCUGAGCAGAAACUGCCGACGAAAGCUGCAGAACUUCAAGACCCCCUUCCUCCUUGAGAUCUCCAAGGAUGUCGAUGACGACUGGUAAACCGGGUGGAUGUCCUGUCCACUCAUUUUCCAACACAUCACAAACAAAUCUCUCGUUAUCUCGAAAGAGAGCGCCCUAAACGGCCCUCCUUCAACUUAUUUAUUCUGCUUAUAAAUUUAUAUAUAUAUAUUUAUCAAAAACCACACACUUUUUAUGAAAUUCGGAGGCAAAACACUCGGGGGAAUAACAGUGUUGUGUCAUCAUAAUGUCUAUUACAAGUGUAAUAGACAAUGUUUGUAAAGAUGUUUUAAUAGAAUAAAAUAGAUAUUAUAGAUCACAGUUAAAUUCCCAAAGAAAGGAAUUGUGAGAUGGA